GUAUCAGAUAAGUUAACGCAGAACGGUGUCAUUUUUUUCGCGCCAUGCGGCCAUUUCUCGCGUAUAUCCUCUUCGUUCCCGAAUCGUUGAAUUUCUAGCGCGAUUCAAAGAAAUUGGGAUUAUUUUUGUUUUACGGAUGCGGGGGACUUUAGUACGCUACGAUGUGGGUUGCUCGAAGUGAGCGAUUCGAGUUGUGCGCCGAGGGUGCGUGCAUCUUUAACGAUUAUCGCUUCGAUUAUGCGGAUCGAUUGGAAUCGAAGGAUGCAUAACGGUGCAUACGAGCCAUUUUCUCGUUUGUAUGUGGCAAAAAUAGGACAUGGCUAGCGACGAUAAAUUCCUUCGGGAAGGUCGGGAGGAAGAUUGCAUAACGCCACGUUCCCUCCCUACAUCCAUUGCCACCUUCCAACCCUCCUCCUCGUUCUCCUUCUCCUCUCUCUUGCGCGCGCGCGCCUCUCGUCGUCCUUUUUCUCUCUAGCUUUUCGCGCCUCUUCUUCGGCGACAUGUCACUCGUAUCGAUAUCUAAUUAAAGCUAUUCGAUAAUCUUUUUUUAUCACACUCGCUGUCUGUCUACUCGGUUCCUGUAGGAGGCGUGCAGUAGUUCGCUCUCACGUCCCUCGUCCCGGCAUCCGGCGGCGAGGAAAGAUCGCACGCGACAUUGCGCGACAUCGAUCGGCGAGCGCCUCUUCUCUAUUUUUUUCCGUUCCGUCAAAAUUAUGUAAAAUAUAUCGGUACUGGACGCCGGCCAGAAACGUUACUGCUCGCCUGAAAAGUCGUUUCUGCUCGCUGGGAAGUCGUUUCUUCAUUAGGACGAAAAGAGGAAGAUCAUCCACACACGGUUAUCGGAACCAGAAGACCGCCAUUCGCGGUGCACGACAAGCAAACGUGACACGAGGGGGGACCAUGAACGCUACCACGAACGACCUUCCGGUGCGGCGAUGUAGCGCGACGUGCCUCGCGUGACUCACGCUGAUCUCGGGUAAAAGUUUCGGCCUCCUUCUUCACCCCCCGUGUAAGUAAGUAACCGCGGCGACCGGUGCUCAAUCCACCAACGGUGCAACGCGCUGGCCCGUCUUUCUCCCACUCGACACCCCCCCACAUCCGCGGGGUACAAUCCUUACGACGAGGACACGCACACCAGGGUGGCACGAUAGUAUGACGGUGAUGCUGCUGCAACGUUCAGUCACCCCGCAGUCGACGCACAGCCAAAAGACAGCGACGAAGGACUGCAGCGCGAAGCCGCCCUUUCUCUUUCUACUGGAGGACGACCGUGAGGAACAUCGGCACUCGACCGAUACCAACACCACGACAACUACAAAUAACAACAACAAUAACAACAAUAAUAACAACAAUAGCAUCAACAAUAACAACGUUUUCAAGAGGGACGCUGAAAGGAGCAGCCACGAUCACGCCGCCGACGAGGCGCCGUCGUCGGUGACGUCCCAACGGCUCGCCGGCGGUGGUCAGGACGUCGCGAUGCGAUAUUACCGUCUCUGGAUCUACGCCUGUAACCUGGUGCUGUUCGGUAGCGCGGUCGGCUUCGCCGCCGCGGUGUCGCAGACCCUCCUGUUCAGCGGCGACCCGCGUCGGUACGUGGUGCCGGGUGUGCCUCGUGCCUACGACUUCACCGCGGUCUACGGCUACUUGGCGCUCGCGGGACAGCUAGGCCUGGUGCAGCUGCUCGGCUGUAUCGCCGCCAGACGACUCAGCGCUCGUCUACUCCACUGUUACUGGAUUGUGCUGCUGUUACUUUUGUUCGGCGACGCUAUCAUCGGCGUCUUCUGGAUCUUCCAUUUCGAAAAAAUGCGCGCUGAGCUCAGGCCCACGCUCAGGCUGCGUUUGCAGGUGGACUACGGAAAAGAGCCGCGAUUCAGCGAGCAAUGGGAUCGGCUGCAACGGGAGUUUAUGUGUUGCGGGGUGACCGGGCCCAGAGACUUUGUUCCGCGCUGGCCGCAGACCUGCUGCGGGCCCAGCGUGAACGCGAGUGAACCCUGUCAGCAUCCGUACGGACGUGGCUGCGAGGAGACGCUCAUACGUUGGCUCAGGAAGACGGCGGACUUGCUAUUUGUUCUGGGCUUUUGCGUCAUCGCCUUCGCCAAACUCUGCUUUCUCGGUAUACUGCGUUACGAGAUACGGGAGAUGAUACAGAAGAUACGACUACUGAGGGAACCGCCGCCACCGACCACGUUCGCUCAGCCGCCCUUCACUCAAGUGUUGCCGGAGACGGCCAACAACGGCAGCAUCGUCAGACGUACGACUCUGCCCAACGCGGUCGUACCUUCCGCCAACGCAUCAUUGUUGCUGCAAUCGGAUGAAUGCAGCACCGGCCGGCAUCCGCUGCUGGCGAACAAUUUGCAGGACGGUGGUGCGGACAGUGACACCAACAGCCACUGCGCAUUGAUACUCGAAGAGACGACGCCCACCUCGGCGAACAACCACAACAGCUGCACGGCCGGCGGCGGCCGUGAGAAGAGCAACGGCAACAACAACUACGAGAUGCGUGAGUUCAACCGCAGGUUGCUGCUGUCGAACGGCGCCAGCCCGGGCACCGGCGUAACCGUGACGGGCGGUCAGAGUAGGCGCACCUGACUAUGGAGAUGGUGGCGAAACACCUCGAACCGUUUCCUAUACAGGAGCAAUCGGCGACGCGCCGACAUCCCGCUAUACAAAUAAAACAUCCUCUCUCGAGUGUUUUAGUUUCUUUUUCCAAGAGAGUAAAACACGCACGGACACACACGUACACGCAUACAUGCAUACACAGCGGGUUACCUGGCUGGUCCGACAAGCGGCGAGGAAAGCGCUAUCGCGUCGACGCGAUCGACGAGAGUAAAGGGGGUUGACAACUACUGCAACAGCUUGUCUUUUCUUAGUUUCCCCCUUCUACCGGUAAUGCACGGUUGAUACGCAAAUACUCUGGGAGAGAUCGUGGCGACGGACGGCGUUGGACGGCGUGAAGACACACACGGGAGACCAAGUAUUCGCGAAUCGAUAUCACGGUGGAAUUGUAUAUUAACGAAAGACCAAAUCAAAACACAUACAAUAGUGAGAUUAUCUCCAUUUUGUAAGGCAGAACUCGCGAAGAAGAGUUUAAGUUUGCGAUCGUUUGAUUCGUCGUGGAAGAACGACGCUCAAUCGAGAAGCGCGAUAUAAUCGAGGCCGAUGUGAAACGUCAUUGCCCUAUGAUUCCUUAAACGAGCGACGAGCAGCUCACCUCGCGCGAAAGAUAGUCGAAAGAACGGUUCUAUUUACAGGCUCAUAUUUUCUCGACGGUUGUACGCUAAUUUCGUCACCGUCGAUAUCUCGUGUUACAGAGGGUGCACGCUAAUUUUAAAUGAUCGUUGGACACACUUUCCUUCAUCUCUUUUACAAACCGCGUUAAACACUUCUCCGUGAGCUUUCGCUGUAUUUGUGCGCGCCCAAGUUACAUCGUGAGUUGCUCAUUAACUGCCCUGAACUCUCUUCGCAAGUGUACACCUUACAUACAUGUCUUUCCGUCCUCGCAUGGUCGGUGUGUAACUACUUUUGUAGAUUUAUUUUUAGCCGUAAAAGUUUUCUUACGCUUCCUAUAUCCGAACAAAGCGAGUCAUCGAUCGCAUCAUCAGUGUACGGAAUAUCAUACGUCCAUCGUGCCGUUUCUCAUGGGAAAAACGUUAUAUGCGUGUCACUGCAGUUAAUACGUCACAGUCGAAUAUAAUCGUCGUCGUCUAUAAAUGGCAUACAGUUUUCUACAUUUCGCAGUUGGGUUGUCUUGGUAUCCAACAGUUUUGCGACUUGAUUAAAUGUUUCAUUUGGUAAUCGGAUCGCAAACUUGUCUGAAACACGAUGGCGUUAUUUCAGUAAUAAUACAAUUCUACUUCUUUGUAUUCCGCACUGCAGAGAUGUCUGUGUCUCUCUCUCUCUCUUUCUCUCCCUCCCCCCAUCUUUUGUCCCUCAAUCUUUCGGAGAUCCUUUAAAUAUCUUUUGCUAUUAACAGAACGCUCGGCAGAAGGAGAAAACUUUAGUUAGUAUCAGCGUUAAUCAACAUUGGCGCGAGUCCUAAAAUAACUCAAUUCAACACUCAUUAACAACUUUUGUUCUCUUUAAGACUUGAAUUCGAGACUAUAGCGAGACUUUACACGCUCGAUUCUCUUAAUAAUGCAGAGAAUCUGUGUAUCUAUCCGAACAAGCAAAUUGUGGAUACAUUGCCGUUUAACUAACCUUGCGAUUUUAUGCAUAAAACUUUGCAAUGAAUAGUUUUGAAUAGUUUUGAAAGAUAAUAGUGUAAAAUACUACUGCCAAAUUUGAUUCCCCUUCCUUCAUUGAUUAAAGGCGGGCGAGCGAGAAGGAGAGAGAAGUUUCCGAUGUAGGCGACGAUUGAACAAUUCCUAAUUACUUUUACAUACGCAUUUACAUCUAACGAAACAAACGUCACGCAAGUAAUUUGUACCGAUUUGUUCCUUGUAACUAGAUCUCCGUUAUUGGGCCGAAACAGCGUGGAGUUGGCUGUUAUUUUACGCUUUUCCAUGUUUUAAAUUGAUUCUUUCCCUUUUGGCACACGUUAUCAAUACGUUUGGCUGAUCCCAAUAAUGAAGAUCCGUCUUAUAAGCGACAAAGACGUCACAGACGCAACACUCGGAAUAACUGGCUUCCUAGCUAGGAUUAAAGGAAUCUUAGGGUUAUACAUAUUUAAUGGGGAUGCAAUGAUAACAGAUACAAAUACUACAGUAGGCUGUACAUACCGGCAUAUAAUAAAUAAUACUAAGUGUCGAUCGUCUGCUUAAGGAGAAAACCGUGACAUUAUCCGUUAAUUGUUCGAAACGCACAUCUGUGCCGAUGCUACCGAACAAGACACUUUACGUUGAUCCGUCUGUGUCGCAGUUGGAUGUACGUGUCUCUCGAUAUCUGAUAUUUCACAUCUCCAACUAUAAACAACACUAGUCUGGACAACAGGGUAAUUAUUAAUCACGAAAGGUUGCCUGAACGUUUCAUAGGCCAGCAUUAGCCAAGUGAAAUAUUGCACGUCAUCACGAUUAAAUGUGCAGGUAAUUGUUUCCUUUCAUUCUUUCGAGAAAAAAAGAUUUCUUUUACCGACAGCGCGCAAAUUCCAUCAUUUUUUCUUAAUCAGACCAUCGAAUUAUUGUUGAAUGUAAACACAAGCUAACGUAACAUAAUAACGUCAAAGCUUACACCUCGCAGACACACAGCCUCUGCCACUAAAUGUAUAUAAAGAUGUUAUAUACAACAGAUAGCGACUAAUCGUUUUUUAAUUAACUAGCCGAGAAAAAAAUAUCUUCGGAAAGAAAAAGGAACAACGUGUAUCACACUUCGGACAAAUGAGAUACCUACUUCAAAUUCGCUUUGGUUGUUGUAUCGAUGUACCAUCUGCUAGAAAUGAAAGAAGCGACAAGUUUUUUAGGUCUUUAUAUUUUAUUCGGACGAUACAUCCCGAUGUUAUACAACCACAUUGCAAGAAAGACUUGAAAGUUUAAACGAGCAUAGCGAUUUGUAACGAAAUUGGUAUCCAAAUGUAAUAUACAAAUUGAAGAGAGUGGAAGACAGGGAGCUUUGAAUAGUGCCUGCUUAAAAUCCAAUUUAUUAUAUCUCAGACAAUUAGGUAUGAUCGAAUAAUUAGACUUUGCGACAUAGCACGUCGGAUCUGAAUUGAGAAUCUCAACAGUUAAUGUAUAAGAAACUUUUCUAAAUAAUACUGCAAAAAUAUGUAUAUGUAUAUCUCACAAUUGAUUCAAAUAUCGAAUGCUUGAUUUAAACAUCUGUUUGUACACUAAUAUAUAUGUAUGUAAAGCCGAUAUCUCCCUCUUUUAAGCAUACGUUCCUUGUCUUUGAGGAUCAAUACAUUUCCGGUGCGCGUGCAAUGUCGCAAAUGAGACAUUUCAUAGAGUGAUCGUAGCGCGAUACUGGAAGAAAAGUAUGCACAUCCAAAGGCUUUGAUUACUUUAAUAUUGUACAAAGACGAUCCAUGACGAAGCAAAGUGUAUUUAUGAAGACUGUUAGUGAAGAAGAACGGACACUAAACAAUUAUAUGUAGUUACGAAUUACGAUUGAGCUCAAUAGCGCGCGUUUUACGUUGAUGAACCUUUCAUAAAUGCCGUAACAAGCUUGCGUAUUUAAUUAAGUUAUGGAGAUACGCGCCGCCGAUUGCAAUGGCCGUAUUUCAUAUAGGGUUUGCUAUUCUAUAAAGCGUUUGUUAAUACACACCGUA